AUGAAUCCACCUUUCUGGUUGCCAACACCAUUACCUUUCACAACUAUUUAUUAUCCGCCAUUUCCAUCAUUAUUUAUUGGCAACUUUCCAACAGUAUUUCCAACGGUUACGAAGGCCAUACUACCGCCAUCGCCUCCCUUAUCACAACAAAUGAAAACUUCGGAAAUAUCAACAAAAAAACGGCCAUCUAAAUUGUUUCUCGUAGAAAGUUUGCUGCCAUCUGUUGCUGAGAAAAAGCAAACUACUCCAUCACCGCUAAGCGUAAAUACAGUAGAAUGGAUAAACGGUGGAUAUGGUGUGAAGAAUCCCAUGUUACAAAGUUCACGUUUACCGGAUGUGGACACUACGCCUGCUCCAGCAUCGGAACCUGGUCUUUUAACAUGCAGAAUAUGUGGCAAAAAAUUCGCACUGCAAAGGCUUUUGAAUAGGCAUGCAAAAUGUCAUUCAGAAAUUAAACGAUAUCUCUGCACAUUUUGUGGCAAAGGUUUCAAUGAUACAUUUGAUCUAAAACGACACACAAGAACUCAUACAGGUGUACGACCUUAUAAAUGCGAUCAGUGCGAGAAAUCGUUCACUCAGAGAUGUUCACUAGAAUCACAUCUUCGAAAAGUUCACGGCACACAGCAUAAUUACGGCUACAAAGAACGAAGAAGCAAGGUAUUCGUCUGCGAAGAUUGUGGUUUCACAGCUCCAAUAUUUGAUGAAUAUGUGCAGCAUUUACAGCUCAAUCAUCCCUUCAAUCCACAACUCAUAAAAUUAUCUUCAAACGGCACUUUAUCAAAAUUUCAGCAAUCACUCAACCAGCGAUCAUAUGCUUUAGCUAAAACUAAAAUAUUUGCAAGUCCGUCUGAAUAA